CGUUUUUCCGGGCUGCGACGCGCCCCCGCGGGCCUACGUCACGGCGUCGGGGCGGAAGAUGGUGCAGCUCGGGGCCGGCGGUUGCUGAGCGGACCCGGACGCAGCUGGACCCCGAGCUCCCCGCUCCGGCACCCGCUGCGGGGCCGCAGCCAUGUCGCUGCUGCAGUCUGCGCUGGACUUCCUGGCAGGCCCGGGCUCUUUGGGCGGCGCUGCCGGCCGCGACCAGACUGACUUCGUGGGGCAGACGGUGGAGCUGGGCGAGCUGCGGCUGCGGGUGCGGCGAGUCCUGGCCGAGGGAGGGUUUGCGUUUGUGUACGAAGCCCAAGACCUGGGGAGCGGCAGAGAGUACGCCUUGAAGAGAUUAUUGUCUAAUGAAGAGGAAAAGAACAGAGCCAUCAUUCAGGAAGUUUGUUUCAUGAAAAAACUUUCUGGCCACCCCAAUAUUGUCCAGUUUUGUUCUGCAGCGUCCAUAGGGAAAGAGGAGUCAGACACUGGGCAGGCUGAGUUCCUGCUGCUCACCGAGCUCUGCAAAGGGCAGCUGGUGGAAUUUUUAAAGAAAAUUGAAUCUAGAGGUCCGCUCUCGUGCGAUACUGUUCUGAAGAUAUUCUAUCAGACGUGCAGAGCGGUGCAGCACAUGCACAGACAAAAGCCGCCCAUCAUCCAUAGAGACCUCAAGGUGGAAAACUUGUUGCUCAGUAACCAGGGGACCAUCAAGCUGUGUGACUUUGGCAGUGCCACGACCAUAUCGCAUUACCCUGACUACAGCUGGAGCGCCCAGCGGCGGGCCCUCGUAGAAGAAGAGAUCACCAGGAACACCACACCCAUGUACAGGACGCCAGAAAUCGUGGACUUGUACUCGAACUUCCCGAUCGGCGAGAAGCAGGACAUCUGGGCCCUGGGCUGCAUCUUGUAUCUGCUGUGCUUCCGGCAGCAUCCUUUUGAAGACGGAGCAAAACUUCGAAUAGUCAACGGGAAGUUUUCGAUCCCCCCUAAUGAUACCCGGUAUUCCGUGUUCCACGACCUCAUCCGUGCCACGCUGAAGGUCAACCCCGAGGAGCGGCUGUCCAUCACAGAACUGGUCAACCAGCUGCAGGAGAUCGCAGCCGCCAGGAACGUGAACCCCAAGUCUCCCAUCACUGAGCUCCUGGAGCAGAAUGGAGGCUAUGGGAACGCUGUCCCAUCCCGAGGGCCACCCCCUCCUGGGGGCUCCAGCAGUGGUGGCUACAGUGGAGGCCUGGCACUUGCUGAGUACGACCAGCCCUACGGCGGGCUCCUGGACAUCCUGCGGGGGGGCACUGAGCGCCUCUUCACAAACAUCAAGGACACCUCCUCCAAGGUCAUCCAGUCCGUUGCCAAUUAUGCAAAGGGAGAUUUGGACAUCUCUUACAUCACAUCCAGAAUUGCUGUGAUGUCAUUCCCAGCAGAAGGCGUGGAGUCGGCUAUCAAGAAUAACAUAGAAGACGUGCGGUUGUUUCUGGACUCCAAGCACCCGGGACACUAUGCGGUCUACAACCUGUCCCCGAGAACGUACCGGUCCUCCAAGUUUCAUAACCGGGUCUCCGAGUGCGGCUGGGCGGCCAGGCGGGCCCCAAACCUUCGCAGCCUGUACAGCGUUUGCAAGAACAUGCAUUCAUGGCUCCGGCAAGACCACAAGAACGUCUGUGUGGUGCACUGCGUGGACGGGAGAGCCGCGUCCGCUGUAGCCGUCUGCUCCUUCCUGUGCUUCUGCCGGCUCUUCAGCACCGCGGAGGCCGCCGUGUACAUGUUCAGUAUGAAGCGCUGCCCGCCGGGCAUCUGGCCGUCCCACAAAAGGUACAUCGAGUACAUGUGUGACAUGGUGGCGGAGGAGCCCAUCACGCCCCACAGCAAGCCGAUCCUGGUGAAAGCCGUGGCCAUGACGCCCGUGCCGCUGUUCAGCAAGCAGAGGAACGGCUGCAGGCCCUUCUGCGAGGUCUACGUGGGGGACGAGCGGGUGACCACCACAUCUCAGGAGUAUGACAAGAUGAGGGAUUUCAAAAUCGAGGACGGCAAAGCAGUCAUUCCCUUGGGCAUAACUGUGCAAGGGGACGUGCUUAUUAUAAUCUACCACGCCAGGUCCACUCUGGGAGGAAGACUGCAGGCCAAGGUGGCGUCCAUGAAGAUGUUCCAGGUCCAGUUCCACACGGGCUUUGUGCCUCGGAAUGCAACUACUGUGAAAUUUGCAAAGUAUGACCUGGAUGCCUGUGACAUUCAGGAGAAAUACCCGGAUUUAUUCCAAGUGAACCUGGAGGUGGAGGUGGAGCCCAGAGACAGGCCCAGCCGGGAGGCCCCACCCUGGGAGAGCACCAGCAUGAGGGGGCUGAACCCCAAAAUCCUGUUUUCCAGCCGGGAGGAGCAGCAAGACAUUCUGUCUAAAUUUGGGAAGCCAGAGCUCCCCAGGCAGCCCGGCUCCACCGCUCAGUACGACGCUGAGGCAGGGUCUCUGGAUGCUGAGCCCACGGAGUCUGAUUCACCGCAGAGCAGCAGCACGGACCCCAGCCACUUCCUCCACACGCUGGAUUGGCAUGAGGAGAAAGACACGGGGACGGGCCCAGGUCAGUUUGCCAAGGAGAGUGUGUCAGCCCCAGCCAAGGACGCAGGUGGGAGUGAGCCUUCUGAUGAGGAAGCAGCGACACUGUCAGCUGAGAGCAGAGACGCGGCUGACGAGGACACGCCCGGCCCGGCAACGAGGGCGCAAGAGCGAGAGCUGGGUUUUGAUGCGGCCACGCCAGCCACACCGCAGGAGCCCACGCUGCAGGAGGACAGUGUCGACCUCCUGGGGCUGAACUCCGAGGCGGGGCUGGCACCCCCCAUGCAGGCCUGCGGGGCAGCCCCCAGUACUGCCGACCUGCUCAGCCGCCUCCUGGGGGCCCCCGACCCAGCUCCAGAGGUCCCCCCAGGUGAUCUGCUGGGCGGAGAGGCCCCCUUGCUCUUCUCAAGCCCGGCCCCUUCCUUGAGCGCGCAGAGCCCACCCCGCGAAGGGCCGGCUGCAGUUGCCGACCCGUUUGACCCUCUCCUGCUGCCAUCUGGUCCAGACACCCAGCCCUGCUCCAAGCCCGACCUCUUUGGUGAAUUUCUUAAUUCCGAGUCUCCUGCCGCCGCCCCUGCAUCCUUCCCCUCCGCCCACAGCGCCCCACCCCCAGCCUGCAGCACCGACUUCCUGCACCUGGGGGAUCUACCGGCAGAGCCUGGCAAGAUGACGGCCUCAAGCAGCCACCCGGAUCUGCUGGGGGGGUGGGAGGCCUGGGCUGAGGCGCCGGCCCCCGUACCUGCUGCAGAAGGUCCCUUCUUCUCUCCAGGAGGCCAGCCUGCCGCCCCCGGCCCCCCAGCCAGCUGGACCAAGUCUCAGAGCCUGGACCCAUUUGCAGACCUCGGUGACCUCAGUACUGGCCUCCAAGGCUCGUCGGCUGGAUUUGCUCCUGGGGGUUUCGGCCCCAAAACAGCCCCCCCUCCCACGGGCGGCAGCUCCUGGCAGCAGACAAGUCGGCCCCUGGCCCAGGGCACCCCCCGUGCCCCCCAGGCCAAGCCACCCCCAAAAGCCUGUGCACAGCCGAGGCCUAACUAUGCCGCCAAUGUGAGUGUGAUCGGCAGCCGAGAGGAGAGGGGGGUCCGCGCCCCCAGCUUCGGUCAGAAGCCAAGAGUGUCCGAGAGCGACUUUGAGGACCUACUGUCUGACCAGGGCUUCUCCUCCAAGGCCGAUAGGAAGGGGCCCAGGACCAUGGCCGAGAUGCGGAGGCAGGAGCAGGCAAGGGACGCAGACCCGCUCAAGCUGAAGCUCCUGGAGUGGACCGAGGGCAAGGAGAGGAACAUCCGUGCGCUGCUGUCCACCCUGCACACCGUGCUGUGGGACGGCGAGAGCCGCUGGACGCCCGUGGGCAUGGCCGACCUGGUGACCCCAGGGCAGGUGAAGAAACAUUACCGCCGUGCUGUGCUGGUGGUCCACCCAGACAAGGCCGCAGGGCAGCCCUACGAGCAGUACGCCAAGAUGAUCUUCAUGGAGCUGAAUGACGCGUGGGCUGAGUUCGAGAGCCAGGGCUCCCGGCCCCUCUUCUGAGCCCGUUGUGGUCGAGGUUGUGCGUGUGGCUCACAGAGCCGGAAGCUGCUGAGCUCGACCUCCAGGGUCCCAUCCGUGGCUGUCAUGGCGUGGGCUACCGUGGCCACACCCGGAUCACUGUGCCCACCAUACUCAGUGGGCCUGGAACAGACGCCGCUCCCCGGCAUGAGAAGAAAAAGCAUUCCAAAGCCUCUGAUUUUCCUUUUCUUUUUUUGGUCCCAAAGGAAAUGUGUUGAUCACGCUGCCCCCAUAACUGUCACAGUUUGUGAUUCAUUUCGUUUUGUCCAGUGGCCAUGGCCUCGAGAGCGCCUCUGCUCGUGGUGGAGUGCGCCGCUCAGCUGUGCUGCCCUGAACCCCGUGCGUGAACACUCCCUCUGUGUGUGAUCAGCCUGGCGACCGCCUGUACAUAAUUAAACUAUUUUCUGAUGACGCU